CUCUCUCUCUCUCUCUCUUCCACUUCAAAACCCCUCACCCACGUUAACCACAAUUUACUUCCCAUCAGCAUCCCGUGUGGAAAUCUCAAAGAUUUCAGCUUUCAAUUAAAUACGGAUCUACGCUGCUCAUACUAAACCCUUUUGUUCUCAGCUUCUUCAACCUCUGUUUCUUCAACAUGGCUGUUCCUUUUCUUGCACUUUUACUCCUUCUUGGAUCGUACUGCUCUGUAGCUGCUGCCAACUUCGACCUUCCAUUCUUUUCCCCGUCGUUUGGCAAUCCGUGCAGAGAAAAUGUUUGUGGAAAAGGAAGCUGCGUGACUACAAAUAACAGCAGUUUUGGAUUUGAGUGUGAGUGCCAACACGGAUGGAUACAAGCUCGGUCCCAGGAUGAUGACCACCUCAAGUUCCUGCCUUGUGUCAUUCCCAAUUGUACACUCAACCACGCCUGUACAAAUGCUCCUGCUCCAGCGGCCGACAAUCACAAGAAACCCAACUUAUCAUUCUUUGACCCCUGCUUCUGGACUGAUUGUGGAGGAGGUUCAUGCAACACCACCUCUCCGUUCACGCACACCUGUUUAUGCGAAGAGGGUUAUUACAAUUUGUUCAAUUCCACCGCUUUCCCAUGCUACAAAGAAUGUGCAAUUGGAUUCGACUGUCCAAAUCUUGGACUCGACAUGAUGCCCAGCCCCCCUCCAAGCCCCAGCUUGCCUGAUGAUAGUAAAAGCCACGCAGCAAGCCUGAUCCCAAGAGCUGAAUUUGGGUGGUUGAUUAUCAUGGCAACAACUUCGGCUCUGGCUGUGUGGAAGCAUAUUUAAGAAGUAUUGUGAUCCGUUUCUCUGCUCAUUUUUAUGGAUUACUUCAGGACACAUUAUCACUCACUUUAUUCAGAGAACUAAAGAUACAGGUCGCAUGCUAUUUCAGUCAGCUGUAUUGUUUUAUGGUAGAAAUAUAGGAUGAAUAUUUUUUGUGAUGUAUCCACUUGUACCAUAGAGGGUAAGGUUUUGCACGAUGCAGGUGUAUGUAAAGAAUUGUACUGCUUUCUGGUGCGUAUUUAGACUCUGUUUGCUCAGUA